UUUCAGCUGUGACUGGAACUGUUGAUUUUGCUGUCAUAACAAACCGAAUUUCACGUGUGGCACGGUCUUACAAUUGCACGCCGAUUUGAAUAUUUGAGUUUUUAUCAAUUAUAUUGUAUCAAAUAAAAAUUAAAUACCGCAUUAAAAAUCAAAAAACAUGUCGUCAUCAUUCUUUCUAAAAAAAGAGCCAAAGGCUAGCAAAAAACGAAAGUUAUCCAAAGAACCCCGCGGAACCGGCGGCAAGAAGGGACCUGGAAGGAAACAAACGUCAAACUCAAUCCCACCUGCACGUAAACGCCCACAAAAGGAGGAUGAAGAAAUUGCGAGUGAUGAAGAGUUCGAGAGCGGACUCGACGGUGAAGGAGAUGCAUCCAAUUUGGUUUUCUCAUCUGAUGAAGUCGAGGAGGAGACACCACAAGACAAACGUUUACGUUUAGCGAAGCAAUAUCUAGAAGAAAUAGAGAAACAAGAAGCAGAACGUGCAGAAGACAAAGAGUUACAUGACCAUGUAUCGCAAAGACUGCAAUCUGAAUAUCUUGAUAGUGUGGGAAAGUUGCGGCGUAAUAUAGCUGCUGGCAUAGAAGAUUAUGAUGCAGAUAAUGUGGUAGCGCUGAAACAUAAAAAGCAACAUUUACCGAUGUGUGCGCUGGCCGUUUCGCCAGAUGGUAAAUAUGUGUUUAGUGGAGCCAAAACGCAAUAUGUGUUAAAGUGGAGUGUGCAAGGUCAAGUGAGCCUGGAAGGUUUCUUCAACGUGCAGCCACAUACGGAAGACGGAGAAAGUGACAAACACCGACGUUCACAUGUAACUGCUAUAUGUUUAUCUAGUGACAUGAAAUACUUAGCAUUAGCAGAAGGUGGUCGAAAUAUUCAAAUUUGGUGUCCAAAAGAAUUGAAGCACUUAAAAACAUUCAAAGGACAUAGAGAUGCUGUAACAGCGCUAGUUUUUCGAAGGGACACACAUGAAUUAUAUUCUGGUUCAAGAGAUAGAUCCGUAAAAAUCUGGUCAUUGGACGAAAUGGCCUACGUGGAAAGUUUAUUUGGGCAUCAAGCACCUGUUACAGGCAUCGACGCACUUAGUCGCGAACGGGCAAUUACCUCAGGUGGCAUAGAUUGUUCAUUGCGUAUAUGGAAAAUUACAGAAGAAUCGCAACUCAUAUACAACGGACAUCAAAAUGGCAUCGAAUGUGUUAAAUUUAUUAACGAUGAGAACUUCGUUUCUGGUGGCGAAGAUGGUUCAAUUUGUUUGUGGAGCGCAUUGAAAAAGAAGUCUUUAUGCACUGUUACGUUAGCGCACGGCACCCAAAGCAAUGGCUUGGCCAACUGGAUAACGGCGAUUGCGUGUGUAGUAAAUACAGAUCUGUUAGCGUCAGGUUCCUUUGAUGGAUUCAUCCGAUUGUGGCAGUGUAUGGAUAAUUCACGUAAACUGAAAGAGAUUUUGAAGAUUCCUAUGCCAGGUUUUAUAAACAACUUGGCGUUUAACAAUAAUGGUACUAAAUUAUUUGCCGCUGUUGGACAAGAACACCGACUUGGACGUUGGUGGCGCAUCAAAGACGCGAAAAAUAAAAUAGUUAUAAUCGAUUUAGUAACAAAUUCGGCUAAAACUAGUUAGGGACUACUAAAAAUAAUAGACAUUAAGGUCAAUGCUUGUAAAUUUAAGCGUUUAAUUAAAUGUUGGAUACAUUUUUAAAUGAAGCUUUGUCUUAGGAAUGUUUAUGUUAAAUACUAAAGUUUAAAGCUUAAGUCAAAAACAAACGUUACAAAAAUAAAAUUUUGUAAAAAAAAAGU